UUUGUAAAUAGUUAAAUUUAUAAGUGUUUUACAUAAAAUAUAAAAAAAAUGCCACCGAAAAAAAAGGGUAAAAAGGGCCCUCCCGAGUCGGGAUGGAAGGCAGGAUUUGGAACCAAAGGCACCAUGUCUACCUACUUCCAAUACCCGACCCCCGAGGUGCAGGAGGAGCUGAAGAAGAUUGCUCAGGCGAUCGUCGCUCCUGGCAAGGGAAUCCUGGCUGCUGAUGAAUCUACCGGUACUAUGGGCAAGCGUCUCCAAGACAUCGGAGUUGAGAACACCGAGGAGAACCGCCGCAAGUACAGGCAGAUGCUCUUCAGCACUGACCCGGCCGUGUCUGAGAACAUCUCUGGCGUGAUCCUGUUCCACGAGACACUGUACCAGAAGGCUGAUGACGGCACCCCGCUGGUGUCGUUGCUGGAGAAGCGCGGCAUCAUCCCCGGCAUCAAGGUUGACAAGGGUGUGGUCCCGCUGUUCGGAUCUGAAGACGAAUGCACCACGCAAGGUCUUGAUGACCUGGCGCAGCGUUGCGCUCAAUACAAGAAGGAUGGUUGUCACUUCGCCAAGUGGCGUUGCGUGCUGAAGAUCGCCCGCAACACGCCCUCCUACCAGGCAAUCAUGGAGAACGCUAAUGUACUCGCGCGUUACGCUUCCAUCUGCCAGAGCCAGCGCAUCGUGCCCAUUGUGGAGCCUGAGGUGUUGCCUGAUGGUGAACACGACUUGGACCGCGCCCAGAAGGUGACAGAGAUCGUGUUGGCGGCCGUGUACAAGGCGCUCAGCGACCACCACGUCUACCUAGAGGGCACGCUGCUCAAGCCUAACAUGGUGACCGCAGGCCAGUCCUGCAAGAAGACCUACACCCCCAUGGACAUCGGCCGCGCCACCGUCACCGCUCUACUGCGUACAGUGCCCGCUGCUGUGCCCGGCAUCACAUUCCUGUCUGGCGGGCAAUCCGAGGAGGAGGCGUCAGUGAACCUGAACGCCAUCAACUCCGUGGACAUGAAGAAGCCGUGGGCGCUGACGUUCAGCUACGGGCGCGCGCUGCAGGCGUCUGUGCUGCGCGCGUGGGGCGGCAAGCCGGAGAACGUGCCCGUCGGACAGCAGGAGCUGCUCAAGAGGGCCAAGGCGAACGGGCUGGCGGCCAGCGCGAAGUACGUCGCGGGAUCCAUACCCUCCCUCGCAGCUUCCAAAUCUAAUUUCGUCAAAUCGCACGCGUAUUAAAACAAAAUGGCCGCCCAAUUUUGAGCACAUUUUAAUCACAAUGAAAACGGCAACUAUUUAAAAAUUGUUUUUUAAAUGCAUAUUUUUUAUGUUUAGCAUUUUGUUCUGUUGCAUGAAAACUUAUUGCUUGAAAGAACUUUCCAUUUUUGUUCAUGUAUUCAAUAUAUUAUAUGGGAAAUCGAUGCAAAAAAUCUGAAUUAAUAAAAUUUUUCUUCAAAUAUUACCUUAUUAAACAUGAUGAACUAUGGAGGAACUAAAAAAUAACGAUUAUGAAUUAAUAUAUAAAGUUAAAUUACAUUUCUUUGUUUAGUUACUAUUUUUAUUCAUUGACAAACAUAAUAUUGUUUAUUUCCAAGGUAAGUGUACAAUCGAAUAUAGUCAUUUUCCUGUAGUUAGUUUCAUGUUAUAUAUUCUGACGAUUUCAAAGUAUUCCGUGAUGUUCAAUAAAAAAUUGAUUUUAACAAUUUAUUGUAUGUGAAAUUGGAAUAUAUUUAAGUUGUCAGAAUGCAUAUAAACCCAUAGAACUGUUGUAUUUAACUAACGAGUAUUACUCAUUGUCUGACACAGUCAAUUAUCUGACGUAAAAUAUACUUAACCCUUAAAUGCAUGAUUUUUUAUUUAAUUAUGAAAUCAAUAUUUCAGUAUAGACUAAGACUUUAAGGGUUAAAACUGGGUUACCACUGAUAAAUGUGUACAAAUAUAUCUUGUUGUCUCUUUUUCUCUCAAAGGGAACGAAAGAGAUGACGAUAUAUCUUUGUAACGUUUUCUCAGUGGAAACUAGUGGUAAUUAAAGUAAUGUUUCAUUUGUUUUAAGACUGAUCUAAAAGUCAAUGAGUGUAUUCAAUAUUGUAUUUGUUACUAAUGAGUACUAACCCUUGUUUUUUUUAAAUAAAAGUUGUUGAAAAAAUGCAUUUUCA